AUGCUGGCGAAACUAUUGGUAUUGGGUCUCGUGGCGUACGCGUCGGCGGCAGUGAAGAUGCAGGAGGUGUUUUCGUGGAAUGUCAUGGAUUGGAACUAUCCGGACGAGUACUUAAAGCAGGAAGCCUUAGUCACCGGCUCCCUGAUCCCGGAGAACGCUCUCCCAGUGGGCAUCGAGAGGUGGAGGAACAAGCUCUUCGUCAGCGUGCCACGAUGGAGGCCCGGUAUCCCUGCAACUUUGAACUAUAUCCCUCUGGACGCUCCUCAUGAACAAUCACCGAAACUGAAUCCCUACCCUAGUUACAAAGGUAAUGAAUUGGGCAACUGCGACACUGGACUGAAUACUGUAUACAGGAUCAAGGCAGAUAAAUGCGAUCGUCUUUGGGUUUUAGAUGUAGGAACCUAUGGAUAUGAUCCCAAUGUUACCAACCUUUGUCCAUAUUCAUUGAACGUUUACGAUCUAAACACUGAUACUCGCAUACGGCAGUACGUUUUCCGACCCGAAGAUAUCGUACCAUCAACGUUCAUUGCGAACAUUGCUCUUGACGAGGGUGCAACUUGUGAAGACACCUUUGCUUACUUCUCCGACGAAUUGGGAUAUGGCCUCAUCGCUUAUUCCUGGCAAGAGAACAGAUCAUGGAGAUUCAGCCACAGCUACUUUAUGCCCGAUCCCCUGGUUGGUGACUUUAACAUUGCAGGUCUUAAUUUCCAAUGGGGAGCAGAAGGUAUCUUCGGUAUAACAGCGUCACCUGUUAGAGCAGACGGAUUCAGAACACUCUAUUUCAGCCCUCUGUCAAGUCACACUGAGUUCGCUGUUUCCACAAGGAUUUUAAGAGAUGAAACAAAGGUGAAAGGUGGCUCCUUUAACGACUUCAAAGUCGUUGGAGUACGAGGGUCCAAUGGGCAUACCACGUCGAAGGUUAUGGACGACUCUGGAGUUCAACUCUAUAAUCUGAUUGAUCAAAACAGCAUCGGCUGUUGGAGCUCGCACCUACCGCUCAAGCCUCAAAAUACUGCCGUAGUGGACAAGGACGACGUGGGUCUAGUCUUCCCCUGUGACGUAAAGAUAGACGAUGAGAAAAACGUUUGGGUGAUUUCCGACCGUAUGCCUGUGUUUUUGGAAUCGGAAUUGGAUUACAGUGAUAUCAAUUUCCGAAUUUACACCGCCCCUCUCUACAACCUCAUUCAAGGGACAGUGUGCGAACCACCCUCAACGAUUAUGCCCACUGUUGGUCCAAUGCCACUCAUGAACACAAAAAUAAUCGAGCAAACUCCUCUAUAUGGACUCUCCCUGAAUCUGCCCCCGAUUCCUGUACAGCCUUCAUAUUAUACAUCGGUCUCCUUGAACGGUCAACGGUUAAGAUCGUACAACCAGGCGCCUUUGAGUGCUUCUUCGAUGGCAAGUUUCCUCGAUGUUCCUAGACAAACCUCAUAUUCAAUGUCUAGAAAAGCCAAUUUGAACGGUUUUAAUAAGCCUUGGUGGCAGAGGGGCAAAUACGAGGUCCGUGAACGCGGCCAAUAU